UUUUAAAUUAAUGUUAUUAUCUAAAAGAUUGCAGUUUCAAGCUAACAGUCUCAAAAACACAGGUACAUCUAGCAAUUAAUAACUAAUUAAUUGAUGAGAGAUACAUUUUCAUGAUCCAAAGACCAAUAGAUCUAGCAGAGUUGGCUGCUGUUGGCACUGUAACAAAACAUUCACUCUCCAUCAUGGACAGAUCAUCGGUAAGAGAGGAGAAAACUUGGCGGAAGUGGACGCUGAUGUGGAGCGUGAAUACAAUGGCGGGGGAAUCAAGGAGAAUUGGAAUGUUAUCCAAAAGAAUAUAAAACGGAGCAAAGAAGCAGUGAUGAGAAUGUCCCUUCUUAUCUUGUAGGUGUACGUUUUGUUAAUUAGGAGCAGCUGAUUGGAUUGCCAAUUUUGAAGAAUUUAUUUGAUAUAUUCAAACUGGGGGAGAGAGUGCUGGGUAACGUGAAAGCUGUGAGGAUCACUAGAGGCGAGCUUGUUUCGAUUUUUUUGUUCUUCUGAGUUUUUAGAAGGAACGUGUUUUGCGUCUCACCCGAGUUUGAUGUGUCCUGUGUGUCUCUUCGGAACAGGGCACCCCUCACGAGGGUAAUAUCUGGCGUUUCAUUGGAAAUCAAUGUUGCAGAGAUGAAUAAUAUUCCUGGAGUGAUUGAUACUCAUCGGAUGAAUUGUGGGGUGUACGAAGAAAAAGUGUUAUUUUUGGAACCUCUCCCUCCUCAAGUGCAUUUGGGAUAUAUAAACUACAGAGAGAACAUUUGUUCCAAGACCAAUGCAGUGUGAUCACUGUAAAGCUUUUGGACAUGUUUAAAGUGUUUGCAGAAGGGAGAAGCAAAUAUGUCCAAGUUGUGGAAAAGAUCAUAUCAUGUGUUUUAAAAGUGAGGAAAAUAUGGCAUGUUGCAAUUGUGGUGGUAACCAAUAAGCCACCUAUUUGGAAUGCCCAACGAGAAUGAGGUGACCUAAGUCAGGGCAUUUCAUAUGCAGCGGCUGUUAAAAGGGUUGAGGUUUCACAUAGUGCACCUGAAGAGUCCACGAUGGUGGGUAGGUCUUCACUGAAGACUGCAUUGGUUGCCGUUCAACAGCAGAACCCAGGUAUGUUAAAGGUUAAGAAGGUGGACUUUGUGGCCUUUAUAGCCAAGGUGGAGAGGAAGUCCUGGAAAAUAGACAUCAUUGUGGAUGCGGCGGAAUGUUUCCUGGGACUGAAAGACUUCUUGGCGGAGGAGUUGCAUGGAGUAUUGUCAAGCCUCUCAGGUCAUAGAGCCUGAGAAUGAAAAAUGAAUACAUUAUUUAACCUUUAUUUAACUAGGCUAGUCAGAAGAAGGGAGAUAUGGGGAUUUGAAGGAUGGAAGAAGUGGGUGUUUGUGGGUUUUGGUUUUGUCAAUGUGGUUUUUAUUGUUUUAUUUGGGGUGGGAUUUAAGUUUGUUUUCCCUAUCAUGUAUGGAUUUUAUUUUUACCUUGUUUUUUUCAACGUCGUCCAGUUGGUGGCGGUAAUACAUAUUUUGGGGUUGUAGAAUGUUCAGAUCAUCUCUUCUCCAGAGUAUCCAGAAGAAGCCCAAGCGUUUUCCCAGGCUUUCAAAGGAAAUCAAUCUGAGAUAUGAUGCUAUUAUGCUUUUAAAAUUGUUUUAAAUAACAAUUGCUCAAGUAAAGAACUCUCCACAAGUGUCAUCAGUGUCUCGUGAAAGAACAGGGGUCAUAGACAACAUAUGAUUUAUUUCAGGGAACGGAACUGAAAAACGUUGUUUUACUUGCCUUUAGUUGUAGGGACUUCCCCUUUAAUAGUAGGGAAAUCAGCUCGCACCCGCCAGAACGUCCGGUUGAAAUUCAAAUCUCUAGCUAGCGAAAAAAAAAUACAACAAAGACCGAUUAAACAUCUGGCGACUUUCAUGACAAACGAUAUCUGAUAGAAGUGUGAACAGCACCAGCUAAACCAGGAUUUUACCAAGUGGGAAGCCCUAAGUAGUUCACAAGACCUCCUAGGAAGUGAGCUGGAAGGAAAGAAAGGAGCCAGGUUGCGAGAAAACAUAUGAAAGAAGAAGCAACGAUGUCAGAAGGGGCAACGGUGUUGGAAAAAGGGGCAACGGUGUUGGAAAAAGGGGCAACGGUGUUGGAAAAAGGGGCAACGGCGUCGGAAGAAGGGGCAACGGCGUCGGAAGAAGGGGCAACGGCGUCGGAAGAAGGGGCAACGGCGUCGGAAGAAGGGGCAACGGCGUCGGAAGAAGGGGCAACGGCGUCGGAAGAAGAGGCGAUGGAUGCCACUGGUACUGGUAGUGAAGAGGAGUUAGGUGAAGCCUUGUCUAAUGGCAGCCCCAUACCACCUAAGAGGGGUAGGCCCAAAGGAUCAGGCUCCAAGAAACCUAAGAUACUGAGGGUGCUAGACAAGCGGCCAAUGGGCAGGCCACGUAAAGUGAUUGACCCUAAUGCUGUUUCAGUAGAGACAACUGCACCUUUGAAGCGUGGCCGGCCCAAAAAAGUUCAACAAAAAAAAAAAAUGGGUAGGCCGAGGAAGAACCUGCUGUCACCCGAGGAGGAAGAGGAGAGAAAGAUACUGGAAAGCCAACCUAAGGGACCUAGAGUGUGGAAGCCGCUCGGAAGGCCGCGCAUCCAUCCCCGCGUGGAUCCCCCCGCCACACCCACCUCUCCCGAGCCACGGGUAAGAGGCCGUCCACGCAAGGCAAUAACAGGUAGAGGUGCCCACUUACGGAAGAACCCACCUUCAACUUCUAAAGUUUCAAAGCCCCCCGCUAAAGAUGAUUCCCCGCGAAAGAGCGGCCGCCCCUUAGGCUCCUUCAAAGCCAAGAGAGCAGCAGAGGAGGAUAGGUCCAACAGUGCACCCUCAGCCAAACAGGGGUGCACUGUUUCUCCAAUAGUAAGGCUUUACCGCUGCUCCAACGGUAAAGCAAAUGUGUUAGAUGAAGCUGCCUUCCAAGCCCAGAGGCAAAGAGGCAGGAGAAAGUCUGUGAAAGUUGAUUAUACAGCUUAUGAUUCAGAGGAGGAAAAUGAAGAUGCAGAGAGAAGUGAGGAUGAAGUCUUUUCUUCAGUAGAAGAUGACAAAGAAGAGGAAAUAAAACCACGUGAUGGUCGUGGCAAGGCUAGUAACCCUGGUAAGGUAGCGGCAGCCAUUAAGAAAAAAGUAGUGGUUGUUCCUAAGAGGCAGGGCAGAAAGCCUUGCUCUAUCAAAAAGGUAAAGUAAAAAGAACCUAGGUGGAGCAGACUGAAUGACUAUCAGUAGCAUCUUGUAAGAUGUUUUUUUAAAACAUUUUAUUAUCUCUUACCCAACUCUUUCUUGUUUUCUCAACUAACCUAUGUGUCGGUUUGCUCUUGUUGUUAUUUUUUAUGGUUUGAUGCCUUUGUGGAAACCAUGUGAAAAAACAAGUACUUUUUGUACUUCCUUGGUCAUCCAUAGCUUGAAUGAUGUGAAGACAAUUUCAUUGACAGUUGUUAAUCUUGUAUUGGUCUGUUUAGACUUAUCCCAUUUUAGAUUUUUUCACUGGUACUGUCAUUGAUACGGUUUCUAAUUCCAUGCACAUCCUAUAGUUGAUGAUAUUCUCAUUGAGGUUUGUUAAUCUUGUAUUGGUCUGUGCAGAUUUGUCCAAAUAAGAUCAAAUGGUUUAAAUCAAUUGAAUUAGUUAAGUAUUUUGUUUUUUGUUUUAUCUCUCCUUAAUUAAGCUCUUUAGUUUUCAAAUUGCUAAUGUCUUAUUUUGUUUGCCUUAAUUGCCAAAGCUUUGAAUGUAACAACUUCCCCUUCCCAGCUAUCUUUGUUUCGAUACAGAUGUUGUUACUAUCACUAUCAUGGCACCCCUUUACCUACAAAGUGCACUACUUUUGACCAAAUCCCCGUGGACCCUGGUCAAAAGUAAUGCACUAUAAAGGGAAUAUGGUGCCAUUUAGGACGGUACCAUAAUCAUAGUUGUAUUUUCUUUCACUUGGUUCAUUGCAUACUUCACCUCGUGGAGUCAAGACGGUAACUGUGAACUUCCAAUCCAGCAUCCUUUAAGAUUUCUCUUAGAAGAUGUAUGGUUAUUGACUAUUGUGAUGGGUUUUGUUUGCCAGUAUCAUCCUUGUAAUUCACUCAACAUCACUCCUCACAGUUCUUUUUAAGACUUUUUAUGUCAGCUCUUUUUAAUAGUUUUUUUUUUAUCACUUUGCUUUCAUCUGGCGUGGAUGGCUUGGUUUCACAGACUCUGGGGUGAUGUUGUGUGUAAGUGUUCAAGAUUGUAUGUUAAACAUGUCUUCAUCUAGCCUGGUAUUUGUUUAUUUAAUUAAUUCUGUGCUGGACCAUGAUAUCAACAGUUCAUACUGCAUUACAACUUGGUCAAUUAUGUAAUUAUAAAAAUAGUAAUUGAGGUACACAACAAUCUAUAAUUUGUAUGAAUUCAUGUUCCUGUGACCAAAGCUUGUUAGUUUCAUGGUUUCAACUUGGUCUGUUCUUAUGCUAUGUUGCUUGGAUUAAUACAAUGUUCUUGGCUUGUAACAAUGUUUUUGAAGAUGCAGUUAGAACUAUAGAGAUACAUACUGUACGUUUUACCUAUGUAUUUAUCUCUGUGAUCAGAAACAGGUCUGUGAAACCUCCCCAACAUUCGUUUGAGGGUAAUGUGAAUUUCAGUUUUGUUAGAGACAGCAAAUAUUUAGAAAGUUUCAUGUAAUAAAGUGAAAUGUCAAACUUUGUUUUUGAUGUUUUUUAAUCUCAAUAAAACCUAAAAUAUUA